AAAUGCAAGUUGAGGGGGUGGGUGAAUUGCUGUUUACCCACGUAAAGUAAAACUCCAAUCUAGACGACUCAGAGUCAACACCGUGUUUGGCCGAGUCGUCUCACAACUUUGAAUCAAAUAUAAUUUCCCCUUUUCUUUUUUCUUCUAUCUGAAUUCUUCCAUUGCAACAAUGGAAACACCACUACUUGAAAUUCUUCAAAACCCAUCUUCUCCACGCAUUUAACGAUCCAUUUUCUUCACCGUUUCAUCAAUUGAAGCUGAUUUCUUCCAUUUUUUUAUUGGAUUCUCCGAUAGUCAACACCACAAGUCGCGAGGUGUUCGUUUUCUAUCUCCAUGGUGAAAAAUUCAGCUUCAAUGUUCUCCAAAAGGUGAAGAUCUGCUCCUUUUUUUUUUAUGCUUUUUUGUUUUGUUUUUUAACUAUCUAGCGCAAGCACGAAGCUCUUAUUGUUAAUGGCGGCUGCUUACAGAAAACCCCGGUUGAAAGGUGUAGCUGUUUGCCGUUUGAUUUUGAUAGGUAUACUCUUAGUUAUUCUGUUGAUGUUAUUACUUAGGACAAAUACGUUUAUAGAGCUGACUAGCAGAUAUUCAUCUGAAACCGAUCAAGGUGUUGGAUCGAAAUCGAAUCCCAACUUUUCUUCCGUUCCCAAUAAGAAUCCGAACCUCCCCAAACAGAACGAGUUUUCGAUUUCGUUACAGAAACGUAAUCAAAUGCCACCGAGAAACCUAGAUUUACACCCCACAUUAGCCAAAAAUCACAUAGUAAUCGUGUUAUACGUUCAUAACCGGCCUCAAUAUCUCCAAGUAGCUAUCGAUAGCCUCUCGAAAGUCGUAGGUAUAAGCGAAACGCUACUUAUCAUCAGUCACGAUGGAUACUACAAAGAGAUGAACAAGAUUGUAGAAAAAAUCAAAUUCUGCCAAGUUAAGCAGAUUUUCGCCCCUUAUUCGCCUCAUAUAUUCCCCAAUAGCUUUCCCGGAGUUUCGCCGAAUGAUUGUAAAGACAAAGAGGACCCCGCAAGGAAUAAAUGCAAAGGGAAUCCCGAUCAGUACGGAAAUCACAGAUCGCCGAAGAUUGUUUCGUUGAAGCAUCAUUGGUGGUGGAUGAUGAAUACAGUGUGGGAUGGUUUGAAAGAAACGAGCAACCAUUUCGGUCACAUUCUAUUUAUAGAAGAAGACCAUUUUAUUUUCCCUAACGCGUAUCGGAACAUUCAGUUACUUACGGAGAUGAAACCUAAAAAGUGCCCGCAUUGUUACGCUGCGAAUCUUGCACCGUCGGAUGUGAAGUCUAGGGGAGAAGGGUGGGAGAGUUUGAUAGCUGAGAGAAUGGGGAAUGUGGGGUACGCGUUUAAUCGAACAGUGUGGAAAAAGAUUCAUAGAAAGGCCGGUGAGUUUUGCUCGUUCGACGAUUAUAAUUGGGAUAUAACAAUGUGGGCCACCGUAUAUCCUUCGUUUGGUGGGCCCGUUUACUCGUUGAGGGGGCCUAGAACAAGCGCUGUUCACUUCGGGAAAUGCGGUUUGCAUCAAGGUCAAGGUGAGAAAAUGGUAUGUAUUGAUAAUGGUGUUUUCAACUUUGAAGUUGAAGAGAAUGAUAGAGUUCCGAAUCUUGAAUCGAAGUGGGGAGUGCAUGUAUACGAGCAUCAAACAGGUUAUCAAGCUGGGUUUAGGGGAUGGGGUGGCUGGGGUGAUAUUAGAGAUCGUCGAUUAUGUUUGGAAUUUUCGGAGAUGUAUUUGCCUUCAGAAGUAUGAGAUGGCUUUCCAGGUCAGCAUUUCUGGUGAUAACUUCAGUAGCAGCUAGCUGUUAUAAUAUAUUCUUGUUUUGUUUUUAUACUUUUGACGAGUUACUUGAUGUUUCCCACUUGUCUUGUAAGAAAUCGACAUUACGGUUCUCUGUUUUUUCUCAAAUUUGUAGGAUCGUGAUCUUCCUCGAGCAUUUUAUACGUCUAAUUUACUGAUUACACGGUUUAUAGAUCUCUUGUUUGC